CGUAUUCCAUCCCUUUACCUUCUCGAUCCAAGCCCCUUCUCCUUUCCUCUCCAAGCCCUAAACUCGUCGCCCCUUCUUUGCCCCGCCUCCUCUCUUCUGUCGUCCGCUUCCACCGCUCUGUUUCCACUACCACUCUACACCUCUGACUACACACUCGUAGGUCCUCCCUCUUCCCCCGCCUCUUCACCUCUUCCGCCUCUGCCCCUGCCGUCACAACCACCAUCUCCGUCGGAGACAAUCUUCCUGACGCCAAUCUCUCCUACUUCGGCUCCGAUGGGGAGCUCCAGACCGUCACCAUCUUUGAUCUCACCAAGAGCAAGAAAGUCAUCUUCUUCCCGGUCCCGAGGCCUUUACGCCGACGUGCUCGCACAAACCCCCUUUCCUUUAAGGACAAGAUGGACCUUACGUUGACUCCUGAUUGAACGCAUGCAACCUGCUGCUUCUCUUCCCACCACAAGUGACCAAUAUACUAAUUACUCUAAAGAUGUUUGUCUGCAGGAACAAAUAAUUGAGAUAUAUAUACCAUAGCAAGGGCCGAUUGGGGAUACAGCGUGAGGCACGUUGCCAUUCAAUUAACUUUUCAGUGUAUGACAAGGAUAGAAGGAGAGGUGGUUCGGUAGUGCUCGUCCUUCCCCUCAUCCACACCUCUUAGCUUUGAGCCUACCAGACACGUAUCGGCCGUAUUGGAGGGAUAGGGAGAUGGAGCUGUGUGGCUGUCCAUCUAUGCCUAUAAGACACCCCCUCAGUCCUCCUUCCUUUGGGCAUCCCUUCACAGCAUUUGCUUUAGUAGAGCUCGAAGUUUCUUGAGAAUUUUGUUGCAGUCGAGUUAGCUAUCUAGUGUGCCUUGUGUUCAUCAUCAAUCGACCAUGCUGCCCAGAAGCCGAACACUGCCAGCCAGGAUUCAUGAUAGUGUUAAUGAUGAGAAUCGGAACCAGAGAUCGUAUCUGCAAGUGGAAGCACAGCCCAAGAUUGAUGAGGACACUGAAAGCCUAAAUCCCGGCAAGUAUAACUCCAAGUGCUUCGACGACGACGGGCGUCUCAAACACGGGCGUCUCAAACGAACAGAGCCUAGUGGACCUGCAACAAAUCAAUCAAGCAAAGAAGAGGCUGAUUCCUGCUUGAUAUUUGUUGGCAAUGUUGAUUAUGCUUGCACCCCUGAAGAGGUUCAACAACAUUUUCAGUCGUGUGGUACUGUUAACAGAGUCACCAUUCUCACUGACAGAAACGGUCAGCCAAAGGGUUUUGCUUAUGUCGAAUUCUUGGAAGUUGAGGCAGUCCAAGAAGCCUUUUGGUUGCAUGAGUCUAAGCUUCAUGGUCGUCCAAUCAAGGUUGCCACCAAACAAACCAACGUUCCAGGGCUGAAGCAGUUCCAUCCUCUGCAACAUAAUCCCUACCCGAUGUAUUCAUAUAGCAGGCCUCACAUGCCAUCCUGAUGUCGGGUUUGUGGACAAAGAAGCAGUCGCAGUUACCAGUGUGUCUCGGAAGGCAACUUUCUACAAUGGACCAAGCUCUACGGACUUCAUAAAUGUCCAUGAUAUUUUUCUUGAAUGUGAUCAUGAUUCAAUCAUAUACCUUGGGAAGUCUGUUGAACCAACAAUAUAUGAUCUUUUGGGUGAUCAAGAGGUUUGUAAUCUGGACUUUUCUGAAAACUUUGUAAUAUCUUCUUUCUACUUUGCUUCUUGGUUAUUUUGGAAUCUUUCUGCCAUAAUUUUGCAAUGCAAGGUUGAAAUCUGCUUGUUGAAAAAUGGAAAACCAUCAUGGAAGAAGAAGAAGUUUCUUUGCUCCAAAGUCAGGUUGUUGCGUCUUAAGACUGGCUCGAGGUGAUAAAAUAUGCUGGAUUGGUCUGUGCUUAGGCCCGUCAAGAAUUAAUUCAAGAUAUGUUUAAGGUCUGGCAAGAUUCUCAGCAAGGAACUCUUACUGGUGGCAUGAUAAACCAUGCAAGCAUUCAAAUAACUCAUCUCACAACUAAUACCUUUUGUAUGAUGUAGUUAUUCAGGUUGUUGAUCUCCUAGUGUCUUAUCAAAGGGGUAGAAAGAUUGGACUUUUUGAUAGAGCUGGUAUGGGGAAGACUAGAUUUAUUAUGGAACUAAUGAUCAACAAUAUUGGAAAAAGUUGGCAUGAAAGAAUCAGCAAGUUGGAAAGAGGAUUCCAAUGAAAUCCUACAAGUUGAAGAUUGUGAUGGGAUUUGGGUUGACAAUAAUUAAGUGCAAUCCUACAUGAC